AUGUCUAGUCCACCUUCACCUAGAACAACAGCUAUGGCUAUUCAAAUGAGAGCCAUGCGUGACCAUUUUGAGAGAUUGUUAAGAGAACAAGGUGAACAAUUCCAACAAAAAUUUGAUGAGUUAGAAAGGAGGUCUAAUGAUGGUAGUGGUGAUGAGGAGGAAAGAAGGCGUAGGAGGAGACAAGGGAGGGAUCCUUUGAGGGGCAUAAAAAUUAAAGUUCCAUCUUUUGUUGGGAAGAGUGAUCCGGAGGCGUAUCUAGAAUGGGAGACUAAAAUUGAGCAAAUUUUUAAUUGUCACAAUUAUUCUGAUGUUGAAAAAGUGCAUGUUGCUUCCAUUGAGUUCAAGGAGUAUGCUUUAGUGUGGUGGGAUCAAUUGAUCAAAGAUAGAAGGAGGUAUGAUGAACGACCAAUUGAUACUUGGGAAGAGAUGAAGAGAAUCAUGAGGAGAAGGUUUGUUCCUUUCUAUUAUCAUAGGGAUUUACACAACAAAUUGCAAAGACUCACUCAAGGUUCUAAAAGUGUUGCAGAAUAUUUCAAGGAGAUGGAAGUUGCCAAAAUUAGGGCUAAUGUGGAGGAGGACAAUGAAGCAACCAUGGCUAGGUUUCUUCAUGGUCUAAAUCGUGACAUUAGUGACAUAGUGGAACUUCAUCACUAUGUUGAAAUGGAUGAAUUGGUACACCAAGCUAUCAAAGUGGAACAACAACUCAAAAGAAAGAGCCAAGCAAGGAGAAUUUCCACCAAUUUCAAUUCUCCAAAUUUGAAAGACAAGGAGGGUGCUUCAUCUUCAUCAUCUACGGAGCCCAUAGUUGAAAACAAAGGUAAAGCUAUUGCACCUUCUCAAAGUGUUUCAACUAAGAAAAAGGUUACAUGUUUCAAGUGUCAAGGCAAAUGGCAUAUUGCAUCUGAAUGUCCAACAAAGAGAACUAUGCUUAUGGAGGAAAAUGAAGAAGAGGAGGAAGGUAAUAAGGAUGUUGAAGAGAAUGACGAAGAAGAAGAAGAAAUACCUAGUGGAGAGUUACUCAUGGUGAGGAGGAUGUUGUGGAACUUGGUCAAAGAAGAAGACACCACUCAAAGAGAAAACCUUUUUCACACAAGAUGCCUAGUCCAAAAAAAGGUAUGUUCUUUAAUUAUUGAUGGUGGGAGUUGUACCAAUGUUGCUAGUACUCGUUUAGUGUCGAAACUUAAUUUAGAAACAAAACCUCACCCUAAGCCAUAUAAACUUCAAUGGCUUAAUGAAAGUGUUGAAAUGGUUGUUAAUAGACAAGUUGAGGUUUGUUUUACAAUUGGGAAAUAUGAGGAUGUUGUGUUGUGUGAUGUAGUACCUAUGGAGGCUAGUCAUUUGUUGUUAGGAAGACCUUGGCAAUUUGACAAGAAGGUUAGUAAUGAAGGGUAUUCCAACAAAUACUCUUUUGUGCAUCAUGGCCAAAAGAUUGUUCUUGUACCAUUGAGUCCUAAUGAAGAAUUUGAAGACAUGUUUCCAAAGGAGGUACCAAGUGAUUUACCACCUAUAAUAGGAAUUGAGCAUCACAAUGACCUCAAUCUAAGACCAUCCAUGUCAACCCGGCCAACUUACCGAAUCAAUCAACCACAAACUAAAGAAUCACAAAAACAAGUGGCUGAAUUUGUGAGAAAAUUGCAUGAGCAAGUGAAAAUGAAAAAUGGAGAGAAAAUUGAAAUUUAUGCAAAAAAGGCUAACAAAGGAUGGAUGGUGGUUGUUUUUGAUCCCGGGAAUUGGAUUCGAGUACAAAUGAAAAAGGAAUUAUUGAAAUCACAAAAGAAGUCCAAACUUAAGGGUGAAGAAUUGUUCAAUUCGAGGUCGAAUUCUCUUCAAGAAGGAGGGAAUGAUGAGGACAUCAUCCAAGACAUAAGUGAUGCAAUCCAAAGCUUAGGAGGUCCUAUGAAAAGGGCUUGUGCAAGAAGAAUCAAUGAUGUCUUAGUUCACUUCAUGAUCAAAUCCAUAGAAGGUCCGGCCCAAGUUGAUGAAGGCUUGGCCCAAAUUGAAGAAAGAGAACCAAAGUUGAAGAUUAUCAUCCAAGCAUGGAUAGUGGAAAAUAAAGAGCUCCUCCACUAA